UGCACUUUUUCUAGUAACUAACUAAUCAUAAAUCCAAGUGGCCAGUGUAAAAGCCUUUAACAUUUUGGUACAAACUAUUCGCCUCAUUUACACAAAGGUAUCUGAUAAAUAAAGUAAAAGUAGUGGCCAGAGGCGUUUUCUUCCCCAUAUCCCACAAUGCACCUGGAAACAAGCAGCGGCAGUUACAUGAAUGACGGCGGGACGAAAGAAAAUGCCGUGGACGCUUUUACUCGUAGUCCGUGGAAAUUUCUUCUUAAUUUUUUUUAUGUCAAAGGCAGUCUGGCGAAAUGAAGCAUAAGAAGCUGCAAUCCACCAAGGCUGGAUGCAAGAAAAAGAAAGUCCCCAGUGAUGUGACCCCAUCCACAAGCCUCCCUCCUCUUGUGGAGGGUCAGCUCCGAUGUUUCCUAAGGGUAACUGUAAAUCGAGUCCUUUGGAUUUCAAAGCCCCCCGUGGCAGCUGUAUUCAGGCUGCGAUGGUGGGGUGAGUCAUCUAAUGGAACCCACUUUUACCCACGUGAUGGAUCUCGGUUGGAGCAGAAGGGUGUCAAGACCACAGCACGCUUUGCCAUCCGCUGUGGACCAAAGCAGUUCACGUCCUACUUGACAGAUAUGGGUACUUUGGUCCUGGAAGCAUUGUCGAAGAUGGAUCAUUUGCCAGUAGGUCGGGUUCAGAUUCCUGGCAUUGCCCGGCUUUCCCUGCAUCAUUCAAUUAGUGGGCUUUACACACUUGUUUCUCCUACUACUGAAAAACUGGGAGAGUUACAGGUGUCCCUAGCUCUAGAGCCUCUGGUAGAAGCUUAUGGCAGCAGCUCAGUACCUGCCAUCGGUACGAAUGUUGAUGUACCAGUUCCGGCUUUGGGCUCGAUACCCAAGCCUGUGUCUCAUUCAGACCAAAGAGUGGUGCUGCCUUUAUCCCAUCACUUGUCUGUUGGCAGCUUUAAGGACGUGAGAAGUGCCAAUUCAGUCAACACUCCCAGAGGCAAGGACCACUUGUACUUCCAAGAAAGAACCUGUAGCCAAAAGGGGGUUCAGUUUUCUGAAACCAAACCUGAAGUUUUGGGCAGUUUAAGGCCCUUGUCAAACAGGUCUCCUAAUCGAGAAGAAGGGCUGGGCUACACGGCAGUCCAGGAAUCUCUUCACAGGCCUGACGCAGGUCAUGAGAACUCCACAGACAUCCUUUCAGUGAGAUGCAUCUACAUUAUUCCUUUCUCAGUCCUUCUGGAGCGUGGUAACAGGCUUAGAGAUGCCAUGGUGGUGUCCUCCCUGAAGUCUGACUUGGAUUCUAAGUUUGUUCUGAAGGACGUGCCAAAGGACAAUGUCGGCACCCUGCCUGCGUUGCCAUCCUUGACCCCCUCGGGGAAGUUGCUACUGGAUGCCCCACACCGUGACUCCAGCUUCUCAUAUACUCAGAGGGGCCUGCUGUUCCCUGAGGACCCCAGUCAUGACUGGGCCCCUGACACAGAGAAUAGGGCUAUUGAACUCAUCCUGGGCAGCCCGAGUGUAUCAGCACUUCCAGUCUGGGAUGGAGAGGGCUCUCCCCCUGAAAUCUUUUCUGGGGCCAGUAGUGUAUCUGGAGACAGUGACUUGGGUGACCCUCAGUAUGACCAGAGUCUUCUGGAAAACCUAUUCUACAAAGCUCCUAAAUUGGACAGCAGUCAAAGUGAGGAGGAAAGUACAUUCUUGAGGAAAAAACAACAGAAGAAGGGCACAUCAGGAAAGGAGCCAAUGACAGAGAAGCUGAGAAAACCUGCUGGCAAGAUAUGUAGCGGCCUGGAAGAAGAGACUACAGAGGCUGAGAGCAUACCCAGCCUGAGCGUGGAGCAGAUCACAUUCCUGAGUCAGGUGGAAACGGCCAGGUUGGUCAUCCACACUCUAAAUGUCCCUAAGAAGGCCGGCCUGUCAGGCUCCAAGAAGACCGACAGCCAAGGGAAGCCACUUCGACCUUUUCCUAACAGGAAGUGCACUUAUUUUGUGGAGUAUCUCUUCCCUGUGGCUUCCACCAAACACAGUAGCAGUGCACCGAGUACAAAACUAACCAGAGUUGCUUCUUCUAAAGUUGCAGAAGGGGUUAUAAAUUUCCACCGUCAGUGUGUCUUCCCAGUUCAGUUUGACAGUUCAGUAAUUAAGCACUGGUGGAACACAGACUUGAAAUUUACCAUCUACUCAAGGAAAGAUUCUGAGAAGAAGCCGCUGCCCGUGGGCAAAGCUUUUCUUCCACUACGCUCUGUGCUCCUGUUGGGCAUCCAGCCGAGCAAAGCCACAGCCCUGCCAGUACUAGGACUGGAGGAUGGAGAAGGGGGAAGACAGGGAGAACCAGACCUGGGUCCUCUCAAGGUAUCGCUUGAACUAGAAGUAGCUAAACAAAGCUCAUCCAGAGAACCUUUACAGCCCCUAAGCAUCCCUGAUAGGAAGUCGGCUCUGUUGCCCAAGGGGCACUCAGAGACCCAACUACAGGGUGCUACUUUGGGCCAAAAUAGUCAGCCUGUGGCUUCCAAUGUCCAAGGGGGAAUGAAGAUAACUCCGGUGUUGGGGACCCAAAGAGAAGUUCACCGUCCACCCUCAGAUAGCCCUCCCAUCGGCCAGCUGCACACCCAAGCUCAGCAGAAUUCUGAGGACGGGCCUGGCCUCCUGCUGCACGUCCUGCUCAUGGUGUCGCAUGGAAAGGACCUCAGCUGUGGCUCCGGGAGGCUCCCCAAUGUUUACCUCAACUGUAAGCUUUUUGCAUCCGAGGAGGCCACGAGGUCAGCGGUGAGCUGGGGCCAGACCCAUCCGACAUUCAACUUUAUUCAGGUGGCCCCAGUUUCUCUGACCUCCAAGCUGCUGGAGAGAUUGAAAAACAACAUGAUGGUAAUUGAGGUAUGGCAGAAAAGAGGAGGCUCAGAGCAGGAUCGGCCCCUCGGAUUGGUCAAACUGCCUCUGCAUCAGUUCUAUUUGUCCUUCAGAGACCCAAAGAUCUCUCAGCUCCUCCUACAGGCACAGUACCCUGUAGUGGGGGUGGACAGCUACAUGCCUGUGCUGGAUAUUUCCUCGGGCAGUUGCCAUGGUCACCUGCGGGUCCUUCUGGCAAUGGGACUGGCAGAGCAAAUAGCCACAUUGCAGCGAAUAAAGGAUACUGAGCUCUGCUCAGUAUCCCACCCCAUUAGACCACCCCACCUACUGGAUCAAACUCCACAGCCAGAAUCAAAGGUGAAAGUGAGUAACUCACAGGAUAUGAUGGAGCAUGUGUUUGAGGUCAGGGUGCAGCGAGUGAAGGGGCUGAUGCCUCUGCAGGCUACUGUGUGGGGGGAGGCCGACUGUUAUGUGCAGUACUGCUUUCCUGCUCAGAGAGAGAACGCCGUUUGGGAAAUGGAUCUGAGUUUUCCUGAGAGUGGAAUGUGUCUGAGAAUGUUCCGAACUGCCACCACGCUCUGCAUUCCUGAUCCUGUGUUCGAUCACACUGAGAGUCACGUGCUGGUAGCCCCCUCAGCCAUCCCGGUGCAGAGGUUACUGCUCGGCUCGUUUUGCAGCCAGGGUCCAGAAGCUAGAGGGGGGAUGCAGUUUGAAGUGUGGUGUAGAUAUUACUACCCAAAUGUCAGGGAGCAGCUGGUGGCUAAAUGCUUGCUGCCUCUGGCCAAACUGUGCGCCAUGGUGACCAUGCAGAGAGAGGAGCCGUCGGACACCCAGGUCUUUUCCCUCCCUCUCGUUCCAAGGAUGGAGAACCUCACUGGCCAUCAGCCUCAGCCUUCAGGGCUGAUGGAUAUAUGUGUCCAUUACAUGCAUCGACCAAUAAGAGAAGUGGGUGCCAAGGGUGGGGCCGUGGCCCCCCGGGUGGUGAUGCUGGCGGUUCAGGUUCACAGAGCAGCAGGACUGCAGGCAGCAGCACAGUCCAUUGCAAAGAUGGAUGACACUUUCCAGUAUUAUGCUGACACAGGUGUGAACUCGUACGUUACCAUGGACAUCUCUUUCCUGCCUGAGAGAGAGAGGCGGAGCACACGUGUGGUAGCUCAGUCGUUCUGUCCUGAAUUUGAGCAUCACUCCGAGUUCCCAUGCAACUUAGUGGUCCACAAGCCACAUGGGGGCACUUGCAGUCUAGCUGAGCUGCUGGAUGGGGGGACUGCUGUCUUUACCCUGCGCCAUCGGCAUAGUCGCAGGAUGCUAGAAGGCCCAGCUGCCAGGGACACUGUACUGGGAAUUGUGACAGUCCAGUUGGUGGAUCUGGUACGCAAAAGGACAGGAAUUUGUGGCUGGUUCAGCCUUUCCCUGCCCCAGGAUUCAGAGAAACUGCAGGCCCACCGUAGUGCGGUCGGGGGGCUGGAGAUAUCAUUAAACUUUGGACAUCAUUCAGACAGAGAGCGGGUAAUGAAGGCUGCCCGGGGUCUGGGCUGGGAGCUGGAUAUGGAGGGGGUAGAAGAAGAUGACGAUAAAGAUGACCUGAGAGAAGGCGAGAUGUGGCAGGAGAAGGCACCGAUUUUGUCUGUGGCAAUUUCCGUGCCAAAGUUGUGGCUGCCCCUUCACUGCCUUCAGCUGCCUGGUCACCAGAGCCCGAAAAGGUCCACUUACUGCUACAUCCGUUACAAACUGUACGAAGGCAAAGCUGUCUGCUCCUCACUGCAGCAUCCUUCCCUGGAGGAGGAGCCGGGGGGGAGCACUGUGGCUACUGCAGUGUUUGGAAGUGGCAGGCCAGUGGAGCUCACGGUCACCCCUGCUUUGCGCUGGUACCUUCAGGAAGAGAGGCUGGAGCUGCAGGUAUGGGUGGCAUUUAGCAACCAUAAGAAGCCCCGCCCCCAUGGCACAGACCGGCUGAUUGGCUCAGCCUAUGUGGAUCUCUCUUCAUUGGCCAGGAGUGGGCAGAGAAUUCGAACCAUCUCAGGUGUUUUCCCCCUUUUCAGACGCUCAUCCGCCAACCUGUCAGGCGCUGCACUCAGGGUACACAUUGGCACAAUGUCCUCUGGCCAGGGCGCCUCACACCCUCAGGAGCCAGAUUCUGUGGUCGAAAGUGGAGAUGACAGCAGUAACCAAGGAGAGGGGAGUGAAGAGGAAGAGCACCAUAAUUUACCAGCCACACCACACACGCCUAGACACCAGGAGAAGCCUGAAGUGACCUCUGAAGUUCCUCCUGAGGCCUUAAUAGACACUGUGAACACCUUCACAGCAAGCAUCACUGUGGAGAGAGCCAUGCAUCUAAGUCUUAAAGGCUGCCCCCUAGCGGACCGCACUGGUGAGAGUCCCAGUUGCUGUGUAUCAUAUUCCACCGCCGAUGCUACAAGCCUUGUUACUACGCCUGUUGUGGAGAGCAGUAACUGUCCUGUGUGGGACCACCGGCACGAGUGCAGACUUCUAAAGCAAAUUUUGGUGGAUCCACAGCAGACCCUUGUUUUUAAAGUUUGGCACAAAGGAGAUUUGGAGAGGGUGAUUGGGUUUGCUUCCGUAGACCUCUCACCUCUCCUGGCGGGCUUCCAGUCUGUGUGUGGAUGGUACAACAUCACAGACUUCAGUGGCCAGUGCCAGGGUCAGCUGAAGGUAUCCAUCUCGCCCCGGGAGAAUGUUCAGGAUCUGCGGGGUCAGAGGCAGUUGGCUAAAGAAGAUACUCUGAAAGACUCGACUGCCCUCUCUGAGGUCUCUCCAUUGUACUGCACCUCAGCCAUUUACAAGGCCUUCCCCACACACAUCAGCCGCUACCCUGAGCAAAGGAUCAGUACAUCCCCAGAGCAGCUAGAGGAAAUAUUCUCUGGAAGGUCCAGCUAUGACAACCGCCAUAAAGAGCAUGUCACCAACAUCCGCAUGUUUCACGAAAGCCUCAGAGCAGGUGAGGGAGUCACAUAUGACACUGGUUCUGAAGACUGUCGUCCCUCAAGUUCUCUUCUCUUCUCAGCACUCAGGAAAAACUUGAGUGAGCUGGAUGAUAUGCAGAGGUACUUCAGCCACAAACUCUGCGCUCCCACUUUCCUGAGCCAGUCAGACUGCCAACCCCAAAUGCAGAGGUGCAGGGACUCUGAGGGAGAACCAGACCACCUCCAACUUAAGUCAAGCCAACUCAUUGGAAAGGUUAACAGCAUAAUAACCAAUCUACAUGGAAGUUGUCCACAGGGAUCCCACAGCCUUCCUAGAGAUCCAGUCCUAACUGAAAAUCAGUUUCUUCCUGAAGCAGAAUCUGAAACUACCCAGGCACUGCAGCUCUUGGAUGCACCUGAGCGCAUUGAAGAUGAAACCUCUGCUUCCCUAUCUCCUCUUCUGGAGAGUGAUGGACCUGAAGAUGCCCCUUUGACUGUAGAGAAAGCCCAUAGUAAUGGCGAGGAAGAUGAUCAGGACAGUGUAAGUGAAGAGGUAGAAGAAGAAGAGUAUGAAGAGACUGUAAUUGAACCCAGACAGCUAAAUGAAAUAAGCUCGCUGACGGACAAAACUAGUCCCUGGACAAGCCUUUUCUCUGAUCCAGAUCUCUCUUCCAUGAGUAGUCUGGAACUGCCAGAGGAGCAGUCUGCAAAAGUCCUGCCACAAGCAGUGCUCAGUGUGGCCCACCAAGAGGAUGCCCUAGAGUCCAGCAUCCAACAGGGUGGUCAUGAAGGGCACACAUGCGCCAAGUCUGUGGCAGAAGAAUCAUCAGCCGUCAAGACCCUUCAGCUAGAUCAGCCUUCAGAAAGUGAGGAAACUCAUAGCAAAUAUAUGGUGGUCAGAAGUGAAGAAUUUGAGAAGACCUCAGUGUUGCACGUCCCAAAACAUCUUAUGCACAUGACUGAUGGCUGUCAACCAGAAACCCAACUCCCUGAACCUGGCAAAAUCCCAAAUUUCUUCCUUACAGCUGAACAAAUGGAGGCCUCCAUGAGAGCAUUAUGCUUAGCCCCUGUAUUUCCAUCAGCUGACUCUGACACAGCAGAAACGAGAGCUCGACCAGGAAUAUCCUCCCGAAGGGCUCCACGACCAAGACCCAGUAUAUCAUCUUUGAAGAAAGAGGAAACGAAAAGAAUUGCAAAGAUUUUUGCUUCUAAGUUUUCUGACUUGAAAUGACUUUAGUUCAUUUUCCACAACAGAAAAUAUAUUUAGUGACUGAAACCCUCCCUGCCACCUCUGUACAGUUUGGCUGGUACAUCUAAGCAUCCAAGUAUGGUGUGUAAAUAUGUAUGGGCUGAACUUAGUGUAAAGAUUGUGGAUAUCUAGAUUUUUAUUUUGAAGUUGUACAUUUUUAUAAAUAAAUAAAUUUGUGUGUGAUUUAUUUUUCA